AUGUUUCCCUUAGUCAAAAAUGCACUAAACACACUAAGUCAUCUCCAAGUUCAAAGCAUUCAGCAAACAAUGGCAAGGCAGAGCCACCAGAAACACACAUCUGAUUUUCACGACAAAUAUGGUAAUGUUGUAUUAGCUAAUGGAGCCACUUUCUGUAUUGCUGUAUGGACAUAUGGAGCAACACAAAUUGGAAUAGAAUUGAACCUAUCCCCUAUUGGGAAAGUCACUCCAAAGGAAUGGAGAGAUCAGUAA